GCUAAGCAGAUCCUGCAACUUGUUUGGGAGCAAUAGGGCUUUACGGGAGGACUAGGGCUCUGGGAGUUCCCGUAAGCUUAUCAACUCUCAAAGAGACCCCUCUUCUCUGCUUCUCUUUCCCCCACUCCUACCUCUCUCCGUCUCUCUCUCUCUGAGAAGAUGAGCCUUGGCCCAAUGGUAAAGGUGCUAUGCCCAAGUCUGAAUGUUCCAACAGCAGAAACAAUCUCUCCUAGUGCAGAGGAGGUCAAUAAGGACAUGUCUUGUGAUACGACUAAGGAAAAUGCAUCUGUGGUUGAUUCGUCAUUGACUGAAUGGAAACACGAAAUGGGGAAUCUGGACGAUCCAGAGAGUUCAAGCUACAAAACAAAAGUGGAUGUCCCUAGUGAGCAAGGAUAUUCUUGUGAACGGGUAGUAAAUUCAUGUGCAAAUACAAAGGGUAAGCUGUACAGUGUUAGAUAUUUUAUCAUUAAGAGUUUGAACCAUCACAAUAUCCAACUAUCAAUCCAGAAAGGGAUUUGGGCUACUCAAGUCAUGAAUGAACCAAUUCUGGAAGAAGCCUUUAAUAAUUCUGGUAAAGUAAUUCUCAUAUUUAGUGUCAACAUGAGUGGUUUCUUCCAAGGGUAUGCACAAAUGAUGUCUUCUGUUGGGUGGAGGAGGGACAAUGUCUGGAGUCAAGGAAGUGGGGGAAAUAAUCCUUGGGGGCGAAGUUUUAAGGUGAAAUGGCUGCAGUUAUAUGACUUGCCUUUCCAAAAGACACUCCAUCUCAGGAAUCCAUUGAAUGACUUCAAACCUGUGAAGAUUAGUAGAGAUUGUCAGGAGUUGUCUCAAGAAAUCGGAGAGGCUCUAUGUGAUCUCCUUGAUGGAAAGCAUAAUGUUGAAAGUGAGCUUAAAAGGGAAGAGUUCCCUCCAAAAAGGUCCUCCAUAGAGCCUUCAUGUUCUUUACAAGGUCAAGAGUAUAAUCUACCUCCAGUGCAUGUGCCAUGGUCUAGGACACCUGUGCUUUAUCCUUCCUUGCUCUAUCCAUAUCAAGUUGAAGCAAGUCAAUUCCACUUAUCAAACCAGAGAUCAACUGGGGCUGUUCCUGAAAAUUUUCCUGCCACUUCUGCUGUACUGCUGAAGCAGUCUCGCAUUAAUAAAAGCCCUCUCUCUAGCAGCUUAACUGAGGAUGAUUUUCUUGAAAUGUCAUAUGAAGAUUACGUGGAGGUCCAUAGCAGAGGCCGCAAACAAUUCUGCCGUGCUGCAGCUUCACCUUCAUUAACGGCACAUGAGUCAUUGACAAGUAAAGAGCAUGAAGAUUCAUACUCUCAUCGCUCACGAAAGAGGACUCAUCAUUCAUCGCAAAGAUGACUAUUUUCCAACAAAGUUGGCAUUCUUUUCUUUGCUAUCUAAUUGAUGCUAAGCCCGUAACUAUGGUGGUGGGAUUUCUCUAGUCUCCACAAGGCAAUUAGUCAAAGAAGCUUCAAGUUGUAUUGUUUUAAUUGCUAGAUUUGGGAACUCUUGUGUUGUAAUGUUGUACACAUUUUGUACCUUAACAAUUGUGGUACAGUAUGACUAUUAGUUGAUUUGUACAUAAAUUGAACUGGCUGCAUUGCCCUGGUUCCAAAUUUUUCAGUGUUUCUUUUCAAUGGGGGGAGCGGGAUGGUGCUUGUACACUGCAGUCGUGAGCCAGUUUUAGACCUUUCAUUGCCUCGGCACAGCGUGGACAUCCAUUAUCUGAUACAGGCGGUACAAGGUUAUCCUCUCAAAUUCCUUUGAUGAGAAGAGAUUGAAUGUGUUUUGCUCACCCUCCUGUUGCUGCUGCUGCCGCUGCUUUGUUGGAGGGGUGGGGUGGCUACAUUCUCAUUGUUAGGUCAAUGAAAAGGGAGGGGGCCAUAUUGAACCUGUAAACAAAGGUGUAACUUUAUUUAUUUUAGGAGUUCGUCUUUAUUCUACUUGGAUCAAUUGCAUAAUGUUUUUUUUCCCA